AUGGCUACCCCCAAUGUGCUCACCUUUGAUGCUGAGGGUCGGGCUGUCGAUUUUGAGGUCUGGGUCGAUGAUCUGCAGCUUUUCCUGCAGUGCGAUAGAAAAGACGGUCUCUCACUGUUCGAUCUCACGUCCGGCGCCUCUGCUGCCCCUACUGCCGAUGCUGACAGUACUGUUCGCUCACAGUGGGCCACACGCGAUGCUGCUAUCCGUCUUGCUGUGCGUAGUCACCUGCCGUCCACUGAGCGCGCGCACAUUAGUAAGUACAAGAGUGCUAAGACCUUGUACAACGCUGUAGUUGCACGCUACUCUUCCCCUGCCACUGCUGCCCUUAGUCGCCUCAUGCUGCCGUACCUGUUCCUUGACCUCGCCGCCUUUCCCACAGUUGCUGAUCUCAUUACGCACCUUCGCACUAGUGACACUCGCUACCGCGCUGCACUUCCCACUGAGUUCUGCGCCAAGAACCCCCCCCCCCCCCAUGUACAUCACCCUCUACUACCUAGUCACCGGCUCCCUGAAUCCCUUCGCUUGGGGUGCUCCCCCAUUCCCCUUUUGCCCUCUGUUGCCUCUGCUAUUGCUGUCGACCUCGUUGGCACCGAGUCGGUCGGUGCUGCGUCUGCCUCUAGCAGGAGACGCCGCAAUGGCAAGGGCAAGGGCGCUGGAGGAGCUGGUGGGGGCGGUGGUGGUGGCGGUGAAAGGGGCGGAGGGGGUGGGGGUGGCGGUGGGAGUGGUGGCGGGGGUGGGGGCUUAGGUGGCGGCGGUGGAGGCGGAGGCGGAGGCGGCGGUGGCGGUGGGAGCAGAGGAGGCGGCGGUGGCGGCGGUGGCGGCAGCCGCGGUGGAGCUGGUCGGGGUGGCUCUGUGCAGCGGGGAGGCUUCGGUGGUGGUCAGCGCCAGUAG